AUUUACUCAAAUAUUGACCUACCAAACACAUUAAAUAACUUUUAACCUAACUUAGACAUUGAAUAAUUAAGUCUACCUAACAACUACUAUCUACUUAAAUAACCUACCAAACACAUAAAACUCACUUUCUACUCUUUUUUUUUCCAACAAACUCACUUUCUAGUUAUCAUGAAGGAAGCACAAAUAAAUUGAAGGCAGCAUGUAUCCCUCCCCACCAUCAUCCUCAUCAGGUUUUAUGUGGGCUGACUUUGUCUAAAAGUUAUUGUAAUAAUGACCAACGUUGAUCCUUUUUCUUCACCCAAGUGGCCACCAAUAAAAGAAGCAUUCGAGAUUCAAAAGAAAAUAUGUGAAAUCACUACAAAUGAUGUUGUGGGAAAAACAUUACCAUCCGUCGAUGAGUGGAAAUAUUUUUUGACAACAUACGCGAAGUAUACCAGUUUCAGCGUCCGAAGAGAUGAUGUUGUCCGCGAUGAUGAAGACAUUAUCACGAUGAGGAGGUGGGUUUGCUCCAGUGAAGGAUUUAGAAGACAAAAAUAUAUUGAUAUGCCUGAAAGACAAAGGAGACCUAAACCUAUCACAAGAACUGGUUGUGGGGUGGCGUUUAGAAUAUUGCGUUCAAGGGAUAAGACAUGUUACACUGCAAAAGAAUUCGUGAUACAACACAACCAUCCCACUGCCACUACCUUAGAAAUGAAUUACCUGAGAUCGAAUCGUGAGGUCCCAGAUUCAAUGGUUGCCCAAGUAAGAACUAUAAAUAAAUUGGGGAUCAAGACAUCUAAUAUAAUGGCACAUGUCGCACUACAAGCUGGGGGCUAUGAAAAUGUUCCUUACCAAUUGAAAGAUGUUUACAAUGUUGUUGCCAAAUAAAGGAGAUUGGAGAGCAUGGAAACAGAUGCUGAAGGGGCUCUUGGCUAUCUAGAUUGUGCAGUAAGAAAGGACCCAGAACUGUUCGUGGAUUAUCAAUGCGAUGACGAAAAUAGAUUGUCAAAUUUAUUCUAGGCAGAUGGAUACUCUCACCGAGAUUAUGCUGCUUUCGGGGAAGUACUUGCUUUUGACACCACUUACAAAACUAACAAGUAUAACAAGCCUCUUAUUAUACUAAUUGGUGUUAAUAAUCACUUUGGAAGUUGCGUAUUUGGAUUAGGCUUACUACUUGACGAAAGCCUCGAGACAUAUUGUUGGAUGCUGACAAAGUUCCUAAAGUGUAUGAAUAACAAGAAGCCUUUAGUUGUGAUAACUGAUGGUGAUCCGGCCAUGAAGGUUGCAAUUGACAUGAUAAUUCAAGGAGCAUUCCAUCGUUCAUGUACAUGGCAUAUAUGUAACAAUGUAUUCAAACGUGUUCGUGAUCCUCAUUUCAAAACUAACUUCAAAAGGCUAAUGUAUAAAUACAUGUCCGAAGAAGAAUUUGAGAUGGAAUGGAAAAAUCUAAUGGACGAAUAUGAUCUACAUGGAAGUGAGUGGUGCGUAAAAAGUUAUAAUGAAAGGCACACAUGGGGAGAGGCAUUUGUAAAGGGUCACUUUUGUGGUGGAACGAGAACUACACAGAGGAAUGAGUCAAUGAACUCAGCCUUGAAGAAAUUCCUUGAAGCUUGUUAUCCUAUUCGAGAAUUUAUCUCAUGCAUUGAUUUGGCUUGCAUGAAGUUACAGCACAGAGAAGCUCAAAGAACCUUCAUAAGCAAGUUCACCACUGCUCAAUUACCGCCGUUCACAGAUCCGGUGAGGCCUUACUACAAAAAUGCAGCUGAAAUAUACACUCGAGACAUUUACUAUAAAGUUGUCGAACAAAUAAAAGAUGAGCGUGCAUGUGUAGUUUUUAACCCAGAAGACUUUGGGGAUCACCUCCUUCUUAGCUUUAAUAGGUUUCAACAUGGGCAAAUACGCUACAAGGUUCAGUACUACAAGAUUAACAACCACUUCAGUUGUGAUUGUUUAUUGUUUGAGACUGACGAUUAUCCAUGCAAGCAUAUAUGGGCAUGCAUGAAAUACUUGAACAUAAUGCUUAUACCCCCCUCGUUGAUUUUGAAGCGUUGGACCAAUGAUGCGAAGCUUACAACGCUAACCACAAGCAAUGAAGCUGGUUCCACUGAACAAGACGAGCUCAAACAAAUGGCAAGGUAUGACUCCCUUAAUUCGGACACUAACUUGUUGAAUAUUUAUGCUUCGACACUAGACAACUCUUUUGCAUAUGUAAAAAAUAAGAUAGCACGCCUCACUGCAUAUUGUAAGGAUGCUUUCGAUCAAACCUCAAAACAAGAUGAACAAGCGUCAGAAUCAUCUCGUGGACAUCAAGACAAUCCAAACAUUGUGAGGGAUUCGGUAAAUGUGAAAACUAAAGGCAUGGGAAAUCAACAAGGUGGUCGAAGGGAUGGAAACGAUAAUGAAUCGGGGAAGAAAGAGAGAGAGUGUAGAAUAUGUAAGGGUACAGGUCACAAUUUACUCACAUGUCCACAAAGACCACAAACCAUGCAUCAUAAGCAAAUUGCUUCAUCUAGCCGACGAGCUUCACCUUUAAGUCAUGGUGGAUCCAUCGAGCAUAGCCAAACGAGUAGCUUUAUGUAUGAUGAUUCAACUCAAGACUCCUUACACUCCUUCAACUAAAGUAUGCAGUGUGUUCUAUAAUUUUAAGUUUAGUUACUAACUUUAUCAAACUCAUUUAAGCUUCAUAUUAUAUGUGCUUUGCAUGACAAGUGUGUUGUGUUUGUAGAAUUUAUAUACAUGCUUGUUUUGAAAUUGUUUAAAUUAAUUACUCAAUAUUUAGCCAAAGCAUAAAAUUUAAUUGGUAUUCUUAUUUGUUGUGAUAGUCCAUGCAAAAAUUAUAUAUGGGAUGCAAUUUUUUUUUUUAAAUU